UUCUAGGCAAUUGACUGCCUCUUCGAGUCCGGUCGCCGCGCCAGGUUGAGCAGAGGUGAUGACGAUAAAAGUCCUCCUACAGGAUAGCCCUUGGGGGGAUUUCAAGGAGCCGAAGCCGCAGCUCUUGGUCCAGUACUUGGUCCAUUACCCGGCGAGACGCGACGCCUAUGAGAAGAGCGCCAUCUUCCGUCCACUACUGUCCAUCUCGAGGCGCGUCCCCACCUCCCAUGGGGGCAGACUGACCAGGAGACGAAGGCUCGUGGAUCUGGCGAAACCCAAGACCAAUUGGCAAGUUAUAAAAAACAGGGUGGUGUACAACUGUAAGGGGUACUCGUGGUACUCCCCGAAAAGGAGGAUGCUGCACUUCUGUGUCUAUUGGCCCUCCGUGUACUGGACGGAGCAGUUUCUCAAAGACUCCACCUUGUCCGUCACCUUACCAGCUGUGAGCCAUCGAGUGGAGGAGCUGUCUCGGCCGAAGAGGUUUUAUUCAGACUAUUACAGUAACUUCAGGAAGUCCGCCAUCUGGCCGGUGUCUAGGCCCGCCCUCCAGUACCGCGCGUCCUGCCGCCUUCGGGAACUCGCUACCCCGAGAGUCCGGAACAACAUCUGGAGCAUAAACAUGUGCCAGGUGUCCAAGGUAUCCAAGGCAGCCCAGAUGGCUGUCCCCAGUCCGAGGAUCAUCAGACUGGCAAAGCCCAGGACCCCAGCUACUUUGUUGGAUGAGUGGAACCCCAUGCCGAAACCCAAGCCCUACGUGUCGGACUACAACCGGCUCCUUCAUCUGGCCACACCCAAAGCUCUGCCGGACAAGUGUGUCCCUGACCGAGACCCUCGCUGGUCAAUCCCUGACGUCACUAAGAAGGCUGUGGCCAGCCCCCGGUUGCUCUCGCUGGCCCAGCCCAAAGUGCGCAAGGAUCUGAAUACAAGCCGAGACCCCUACCAAGUGUCCCCAGCAUCCCUAAUGGCCCAUGCGACCCCGCGGCUCACGGAGCUCGCCACCCCCAAGAGUAUCACCAGGAAAGUCUGAGUGGCUGGCCUGCCCACCUGUGAACCCCAUUUCCAGUAAACACCCAAGUGCACCCUAA